AUGGCGAUGCAACUGUCCCGAGCGACCACCAGCUCUGAAGCUGCAGACGAGGAAUCAUGGAUUUACACCUGCCAGAAAGACCAGCAACACCGAUGCAAGUUCUUUCUGUGGACUAGUGACGCUGAGGCCCGCGAGAAGCUAGUGCUCCUAUCGAACUCGCGCACCGAAGCAGUUCCUUCUGGAUCCUCGUCUCCAAGCCCAACACCGCACACUCCAUCCUCAAAGACUGCCUCUGCCCAAGGAAGCGCAGAGGGUCUAUUAACGCCGCGAACCGGCUACAGGGACUACAAAAGGUCGCGAGUGGAUAACACACCAGCAAGCGCAAGCGCGAGCGCCAAAGCUCGCAUGAUGGCUGAAGACACAGAUGAAUUCGACUGGAGCGACGGGCUGCAGGAUGAAAUGGAGAAAGUAAUUGAAAGCAGCCAGCCACUCCGACAGCCGCAAUUCGGACCUCCGGCGCGCAAGGCACCGCAGACGGCAGACGUGACCAGUCCGGCAAAGAGGAAGAGAUCGGUUGACGAUGAGGGUGCGGGAAGAUAUGGUACAAUGACGCCGGGCGGUUCCGUGCGUGGAACUGGGCCAAGUAAUCAAGGAGCGCCGUUCCUCACGCCCUCACCGGCUCGGUAUAGAAAUGCUGGACAGGGUCCGGGAGUUGGGGAGUCGCCGCUAGCGACAUCGUCUGACCUUGCGGUGCAAGUAUUGCGGAUACUAGAAAAGCAUGGCGGUGAUGUUCCGGCUGGGGCAGGGGAGGAGUUAAGAGAGUUGUUCAACCGGCAGGAGAUGAAGAUGAAGGGCGUAUUGCGGGGACGGGACAUAUCGCGGGCUGCGCUGAAGGACAAGGAUGAGCAGAUUGUGAGGUUGAAUGAAAGAAUUGCAACGUUGGAGUCACAGCUGCAAAUGGAGCGCACGGUAUGGGGGAGUAAAUGA